AUGCCACCCUCUCUUCUACCACGAGAGCCUACCUGGGGCCACAGCAACGGCGGUGCAGAAGACCAGGACACAAUCACCCACGUCAUUGUCGAUGCCGAGACGGAGGAGGCAGUUUCUGGGCUUCACAAAGCCGUCACAGAGCCCCACGACAACAGCGCCAUUCAGAGCCUGGAAAAAUACCUACAGAAUGGCGAUACAAGCCUACGACCCCCUCCACUGAGCGUCUGCUUCAAAUCAGUUACAACCUACGGUCGAGCAGGAGGCGCUGCGCCUGUCAAGACGUUGAGAGAAGCGAUCUGGAGAACCUUGACACUUCAAGAUAUUUACGAGCUUACUCUGAAGCGAUUUAUGUCACCUGUCAGGCCUGAAGAUGGCCAGGCUCUAAUCAGAGACUUUUCCGGUGUAGUGCGCAAUGGAGAAAUGAUGCUCGUUCUAGGGAACCCUGGAUCAGGAUGCAGCACAUUCUUGCGCACAGUCGGCAAUGAUCACAAGUCUUUCCUCAACGUUAGCGGUUCCAUUGACUACUCUGGCCUCUCACCGCAAGAAGUUUCCCAGAACUACCGCGGUCUUGUCACCUACAUCCCCGAAGACGACUUGCAUCUCCCAACCCUCACCGUCCGCCAGACCCUGGACUUUGCGCUCAAUAACAAGACACCGAAGAGAUGGCUACAUCACGCGCCGCGCUUCGUCGAGGAAUUUGGCAGCGCAUUCGGCAUGACGCACGUCAUGGACACACUUGUCGGCAACGAAUUCAUCAGAGGCGUCUCGGGCGGUGAGCGCAAGCGCGUCUCCAUUCUGGAGUCGCUGGCGUCAGAUGCAUCUGUCAAUGCAUGGGACGGCUCGACAAGGGGUCUUGACGCCUCUUCUGCCGUGGACUUUGUUAGGUCUCUUCGUAUCAUGACGGACGCUUGCCAGCGAGCCACAAUCGUGUCGCUCUACCAGGCAUCUGAUAGCAUCUACAACCUCAUGGACAAGGUUCUCCUUAUCGAUGAGGGACGCAUGCUCUACCAAGGCCCAAGCAAGGACGCUGAGGCUUAUUUCAACGACCUUGGAUAUGAGCGUUUGUCUCGACAAACAAUGAGCGACUUUCUCACCAGUGUCGCUUCGGGAGACGCUGCCAAUAUCUCUCAACGGUCUGGCAAGGAUGUCCCUCGCGGUGCCGAGAACCUCGAGGCAGUCUUCCGGGCCAGCCGGGCCUUUGAGAAGGUGCACGAGGAGAUUAAUGCGUAUGAGUUGGAGCAGAGCCAAAGCCGUACCGACACCUCCGCGCACAGCAUGUCGUCAUCCCCGGAUGCACUCCAACAGCACGUCAAGGAGACCAAAUCGCGAUUUGUGAGACCAAAGUCCUCCUACAACAUCUCGUUCUUUCGUCAAGUUCUGCUGUGCGCCAAGCGCGAUGUUUGGCAGCUCAGGGGCCAUAAGGCUCCGUUCGUCUCCAAGUUCAUUUGCAUAUUUGUCUGUGCGUUCCUGCUGGCGUCCAUGUUCUACAACAUGCCGGAUGACUCUGGAGGUGUCUACUCAAGGGGAGGCUUUUGCUUCUACUCAUCCGCGUUGGUGGCAUGGUUUCAGCUCGCUGAGCUUGAUGCGGCAUUCCACGACAGGACGGUAGUCAGUCGACAGAAAAGAUAUGCAAUGGUGCGCCCUAGCGCCGUCGUUAUUGGAAAGGCACUCCUCGAUGUGCCGUUGGUGUUACUCCAAUCCGCGACCUACAGCGUGAUUGCAUACUUCCUCAGUGGAAUGAGGAUGGACGCUGGAGCAUUCUUCAUAUUCCUAUCGUCGACCUUUCUAUGCGCCAUGGGCUUCACUGCUUCGUAUCGCGUCUUUGGCGCUCUGUCACCGCAACUCGAGGUCGCACUACGAUACUGCGGAGUAUACCUCAUCAUUGCGAUUGCUUGUGGUGGCUAUGUCCGAUCUGUCGAACGCAUGAUUGCAGAUGUGCCUUGGGUCGGCUGGCUCGCAUAUACCACACCUGUUCCAUUCGCUUACGAGAACAUCAUGGCCGCCGAGUUUCACGGACGCGAGUUCCCAUGCCAAUCGGAUUCCAUCAUCCCCGCUGGUGCAUCUUACAACGAGCCCGAUUUCCAGGCAUGUGCCUCGCCGGGGUCAACCCCUGGACAGCUCGACAUCCACGGCAAUGAAUACCUUCGGAGUGAGUUUGGAUUCAGAUACGGCAACAUUGGCCGCAACUAUGGUAUCUUGCUUGCCUUCAUCUUUGGUUUCUUAUUGAUCAACAUGUGGGUCGUGGAGCACGUGGACUGGGUGCGUAGUGGCGGCGCCCUUCUCGAAUUUGCACACGGCCGCAAGGGGAAGCGCAAGGCACACGGUUGUGAUGAGGAAAGUGUCGAGCUUCCGCAGGUUUUUGCAGAUGUAUCUGAACAGACUUCUGGGGCUUCAAGGAGUGAAGAACUCGCUCAGUCUGGCUCGACCUUUACUUGGAGGAACCUUGAUUACAGUGUCCCGCACCAGAACGGGGAAAAACAACUUCUUCGGGAUGUUUCAGGAUAUUGCGCGCCUGGAAUGCUCACAGCUUUGGUCGGAGCGUCAGGCGCAGGAAAGAGUACACUCCUCACAGUUCUCACCCAGCAAGCCACUGGCACGGUCACGGGUAACAUGCGAGUUGACGACCAGCCUGUCGGUCCUUCGUUCGGGCGAAGCGUCGGCUACUGUCAGCAAAUGGACAUUCACGUCGAAACAAGCACUGUCCGGGAAGCGUUCGAGUUUUCGGCGCUAUUGCGGCAGAGCAAUGAGACAAGUGACGAAGAUAAGUUGUCCUACGUGGACCGGAUACUUGAUGUGCUUGGCAUGGUGGAGUUGCAGGACAUGACCAUCGGGUCUCUGUCCCUGGAACAAAAGAAGCGCACCACAAUCGGCGUGGAGCUCUGUGCGAAGCCGCGCUUGCUCCUAUUCUUGGAUGAGCCCACGAGUGGCUUGGACAGUCAAGGUUCGAUGAGCAUCCUGAGGCUGUUGCGCCGCCUUGCGGAUGGAGGGCAAGCGAUUGUCUGCACCAUCCACCAAGCGAGUCAAGAACACUUUGAUCUGUUUGACAAGGUUCUCGCACUCAACCGAGGCGGAGAAGUAUACUACUUUGGUGCCGUUGACAAGGUGCUGAACUACUUUACGAAUCAUGGUGUCAAGGCUUCCUCUGGCAAGAACGUCGCCGAUCUUCUUAUCGAGAUACCCGCACGCGAAGCACCUACGACAGGGGAAGAGUCAUGGCCGCAGGUGUGGGCAAAGUCUCCCGAAGCUGCCGAGGUGCUGGCCGACAUUGACAGCUUCACCGAGUCAAAAGAGCCAGCCAGGCGAUUAAACGAUCUGGAAGCAUCAGAUGCCGGCUUUACGUCUUCUACGUGGAGACAAGCACGGCUUCUCACCAAGAGAACACUCGCUCAAUACUGGCGUUCGCCCAACUACACUUACUCACGUCUUUACGCCACAUUUGUCCAUUCCCUUUUGAACGGCCUCAUAUUCCUGCAGCUAAACGACACCGUCGCAGCCAUGCAAUACCGCAUCUUCUCGGCGUUUCUUGUCCUUAUGAUUGUGCCGGAAAUCAUCAACGCUACAGCCAUGAUGUUUGACGAGAACCGCAAUAUCUGGCUGGGGCGCGAGUAUCCGAGUCGUAUCUACGGUUGGACCGCAUUCACGACGGCUCAGAUCCUUGCCGAGAUACCAUUCGCACUGGCUGGCGGCUUAGUGAUCUAUGUGCUGCUCUACUUUAUGGUUGGCUUCCCCCUCGGGGUCGCGGCUGGCUAUACCUUCCUCAUGAUGAUCCUCUUCCAACUGUUCAUCACGUCCUGGGGACAAUGGAUUGCUGCACUGAGUUCGGACGCCUCCAUGGCCGCCAAUAUCAUGCCUUUCUUCGUCAUUGCUGCUGAGCUCUUCAACGGCGUCCUGCAGCCCGCAUACCUCAUGCCCGCAGUUUGGCGCUACACGCUGUACUACAUGGGCCCCUUCACUUAUUGGAUCUCCGGCGUCAUGGCAAUCAUACUUCCACGGAUCACUGUGGAGUGCGCCAAUUCCGAACUCACCCGCUUCGAUAUUCCUGCAGGCACCACGUGCGGCGACUAUGUCCGGGACUGGCUCGACGACACCAUUGGGUACUUGUCGAAUCCAGAUGCCCCGGCUGACUGCGGCUACUGCCAGUACGGCUCGGGCGAAGAUUAUCUGUCCACGUUGCAGGUCAAAGGUUCACACGAGCGCUUCUGGUUCUGA